AUGAAAAUUUUAAAUUGUUUAUUACUAUCAAUCUUUUUUGUAAUUUUAGUGUGUAGUGGUGUAAAUAGUUAUGGUGAAGGUGAUGAAAAUGGACAUCCAACUUAUUCAGAACGUACUGCUUUAAUGGCAGUAAAUAUGGCACGUAAUAAUCCAUAUAAUUUUGCACAUGUUUUUAUGCCAUUGUUCCCAAUUUACACAUAUUCAGACUACUAUUAUAUUUAUGCAUACAACUCUAUUGCUAAACCCCAAAAACCACUUAAUUAUAAUAGUCAACUUAGUGCUUAUGCAGACGUAUUAAUGGAUCAAUUUAUAAAUAAUGAAUGUGACAACACUGGUUUAAAAUUGUGCAAUGGUACUUAUUAUCCAGAAUACCUUGAAGCCUAUUAUUCACAAUAUAGUACUUCAUUUAUUGACCAAGUUAUUGGUCGUUAUCAAAGAUCCAUCUAUGUAGAACCAGGAUAUGGGGCUAUAAUGAACGCAAUAUGUCAAAAGGGAAAUAAUACUUAUUGUAAAACCGAUUCAGAUUCGACUACUUUGGAUCCAAGAUUUGGUUUAAAUUCGGAAUACAUCAAUGAGUUUGGUGUAUCUUCAAGAGCUGUAGGAUCUUUGACAUACAUUUUAUAUUGGGCUGCCCCAUCAAUUUAUAAAACAAUUAAACCAAUCCCAUCAGCAUCCCAUAUUUGGAUCAAUGGAGAUUUACAUUUCUAUUUAACAUUCUACCAACCAUAUAACUACCCAACCAGAGUUUCUUUAAUUUUCCAAGGUAAUGAUAGAUCAAUGGAUCAAUACCUCACACCCUCUUCCUCAACAGUCUAUAAAAACCAACCUUACAGUACCUAUAAAUAUGUAAUGUAUCUUAAUAAUACUUUUUCAGAUGUUGAAUGUUUAACCUAUUCAUUUUCAGUUAGUACCUACAAUGGAUCAACCCAUAAUUACCCAGACACUGGUUAUCUUACUGUCUCUAAUGAUAACUCAUCAUGUGGUGCAUGGACUCUCACUAAAAAUGAUCCAUACGAAUCUUCAUCAACUACCUUAUCAUCUUUAUCAACUUUAUUAUUAUUCUCCAUUUCAAUGGUAAUUUCAUUAUUUUUAUAA